UAAGCCAUAUAUGACUCACUCAUCUUCUCAUCCAUUGCUUCUCACUCUUACUCAAUCAUCUGACAUCCCCGGCUUCUUAUUUCUCCUCCUGCUUUCCAUUCAGUAUCCUGAGACCUCAAGUAAAUGUUCAACAUCAUUGCAUCUUCCGCAGCUACCACAGAGUCUCCUGGUCCGUUUCGCAUCAUGAGUUCUGGUGUCCAGCAGUUGGAUGAAAAGUCAAGCCGCUCUAUAGAUGGAAGUAUUAGUGACAGUUUUGUAAUGAAUGCUGAGUCGCAAGGGCCUCCACCGUUGAGGAAUUACAUUUUUUUGACUAUAUUCACUUGUUUUUGUCCUGCGUGGCCUAUCAACAUUGUGGCAUUGGUUUUUUCAUUGAUGUCUCAAAGCAGUUAUGACACCGAAGACUAUGAAGGAGCUCAGCGGCUGGGGAGGAAGGCUCUUCACAUGGGAAUUGCCUCUCUUCUUAUUGGCCUGCUGAUCAUUAUGGUCUUCAUUAUUGUACACUUUACAACGCACACAAUCUGAUGGUGAAAAUAGAAAACAAUCUGAUGUUGAUCUGUUCCAGUGCAAACAGGAGGACACUGUGAGCUCACACCAGAAUGUGGUUUCGUAGUGGCGGCACCACUUGCUUGAACCAUCCUGGAUUCAUAAGUAAUCAAUAUUAUGAAAUGGAAUGUAUUAAAAGGUCUGAUUUGCUAAAAGCAUGGCCAAAAGGACUACAAAAAAAACAAGUGACAUACUAUUCAUACCAGUUUGUAACAAUAUCUCAAAGAUUUUCUAGUGAUGCCACGUCUUUCUGCAGGCAACACAUUUGCAUCUACGUUGUGUAUAAUGACACCUCAAAUCUUGUUCACGUGUAUAGUUUCAGAGGUGGGAAUUGUGUCUGCCCUUAAUAAAUAUUGAAAUGAUGCUUUCAUACAAACAUCUAAUGGAUGCUUUUACAGAAAAGAAAAUUUAAACACCCUGUGGAAUGAUGUAUGGGUGAUUGUAUAAAAAUAACUAUAGACGAUUUCAUAGGACGCAUGCAUGCUGUCAUGGUUACGUGCCUGGUCCAAUGUUAACUUCCGGUCUGUGUUUGUUUAUCAGUGUUGCUAGUGGCUAAACUGACCUCUAGAACAAAUACCUUGUCGAAAAUAAAAUCGGUUUCCUAAAGGCGAGGAAAGACGGCCAGCAUGGAUCCCCGCAGUCAAGAAUUCAAGGAUUCGUAACUAACAUUGUAUAAACCGUUUCAUCGGGCGCACGUGCGGUGACGCGAUAAGCGUCUGUUCCGAACUUUACUUCUGGUUUCUGUUUGUUUAAUAGUCUGACUAGUUGCUGAAACUGAACUCUUAAACAAAUACCUCGUCGAAAAUAACAAAUGUUUUGCGUUCCUAUGUAAUCUACGUGUUGUUUGUUUUGCUUGUUAUAUAAAUAAACUACUUUAAAAGGACUUUGCUGUUAUUUAUUCUUUGCGGAGUUUACCGGAAGUUACGUGAUGACCACGAAAGCUUGUUUAUGUUGUUACUGCUGAAACGGUCUAUACAUGAAUUUUACAUGGUAACUUUAGCUAAGUAAUUUACAUAUUUAUUUUGCUUGUUAUCAGAAGUAAUCUACUCUGGAAGGUUAUUAUCUUUUGCAAAAGUCUCCAGAAGUAAAGUUUGGGCCACAAAAGCCAUUUGUUUAUGUUGUUGUCGCUGAAACCGUCUAUAGUGCGAUACAGUUUUUUUACCGAAAAAAUACAUGUUAAGUGUAUGAAAUGACUCAAUAAAUACUCACUUAUCAUUGCAUUAGUGGCUGCCUUAUUUUAUUAUGAAUUACAGCAAGAUAUCAAUGUCUUUCUUGUGGACUACCCACUUCCAUUUCUUUCACAUCCAAUGUAAUCUGCAGCGUUUGGAGUUUCCUGUAUUCUGAUAUGUAAUAUUAUAGCCAGCUAAGGUUAAAUAUAGCUAAAUCAUCUGCCAGACCUUGAGAAUCAGAGCAAACAGUUCCUGCUGCAGCUGAACAUACGCAAUGGUAUUUUUUGUAAGGUGUUUAAUCAACUUAACUGUAUAGGGUAUAUUUUUUUGUACUCAUCUUUCAGACUAACUAACAGACAGACUAAAUAACUAACUAAUGACUUACUAAUGCUUUACUAGGUGUUACCAUCAAGAGUCAAGAGUCACAAACUGGUAGUCCCCCUCACUGCUUUUCUCACCCAUGUCUGUUUAUUAGUGUGGAUACACCUCUAUUUACCUCAGGAGAUUAUUGUCGGUGUCAUAUAAUGACACUGUGAUACUGGAUAGCCAUAUAAAUAUUUAUGAGUUUAUUAGUAAGACAUGUAAUUAAACACAGCUGGCUAAUUCCAUC